CUUCUGAAACAAACGUGUCCUUUUACCAUUUAAAAUGUUGGGAGGCAUGUGUGAGCGCACACAUUUAUACAAAAUACAAAACAUGGACCGUCAAAGAUAAAGCCUGGCUCGCUGUCACACAGUCCUGAGAUUUACCGGGAUGGUUGAUAGAUGAGAGGAAAGAAAUCUGCAAUAUGAAGGAAGACGUGUGUUCUGGGAGAGCUGAGGAAGGAGCAGGAGAAGAGUUACUGUGGGAGAAAGAGAAGUAUAGAAUGGGAGAUUCUGAUCAUGUGACUUUACAAAUUAAAGAAAAAGAUGUUAACAAGGAUUUUACCUGGCGGCUUGUUAUGGCUGCACUUAUUGGAGCUCUGGGGUCAUCUUUCCUGUAUGGUUACAAUCUAUCUGUAGUGAAUGCUCCCGCAAACUAUAUCAGAGAACUGUAUAACCAGAGCUGGUCGACCAGAUACGGCAACACAAUAAGCAGCAAUACCAUAUCUAUAUUAUGGUCGGUCACCGUGUCAAUCUUUGCAGUUGGUGGCCUUGUUGGAGCACUCAUUGUGAUACCAAUGGUAAACCUACUGGGAAGGAAAGGAACAUUGCUUAUGAACAAUUUAUUUGCAAUCGUAGCAGCGUUAUUGAUGUCUUUAGCAGGAGUAGCAAAGGUCCCUGAAAUGGUCAUACUGGGCCGCUUUAUCAUGGGCAUUGAUGGAGGAAUUGCACUCAGUACCCUGCCUAUGUACCUAAAUGAGAUAUCGCCAAAGCAUAUUAGAGGAUCCUUGGGACAGAUUACUGCAAUCCUGAUCUGCGUUGGAGUAUUCACUGGACAAGUAUUAGGCCUACCAGAAAUAUUUGGACGAGAGUCGCUUUGGCCUUGCUUAUUUGGGUUUAUCGCAAUCCCUUCCUUGAUACAACUUUUGGUCCUGCCCUUCUUUCCUGAGAGCCCUCGAUAUCUUUUACUACAAAAGCAAGAUACGAAGAAAGCUGAAAAAGCUUUGCGUUCAUUUCUUGGGAGGAAUGAUGUCAAGCAGGAUAUAGAAGAUGUCUUGGCAGAAACCAGAUUACAGAGGAAUAUGCGCUUAGUGUCAGUAUUUGAGCUUUUCAAGACACGAUCCGUGAGAUGGCAAAUUAUAACUGUUAUUAUUACAAUGGGCUCUUACCAACUCUGUGGCCUUAAUGCGAUUUGGUUCUACACAAACAGUAUAUUUAAGGGAGCUGGAAUCCCCCCUGCUACAAUCCCUUACAUUACUUUAUCCACAGGAGGGAUUGAAAUCCUCGCUGCUGUUGUAUCAGGAAUAACCAUUGAAAAGCUGGGGCGCAGAGUGCUUCUAAUUGGAGGUUUUGGACUAAUGACAUUGUUCUUCGGAAUCCUGACUUUAUCGCUGACCUUUCAGGAUUAUGCAUCAUGGGUACCCUAUAUCAGCAUUGUAUGCAUUCUCGGGGUAAUAGCAUCGUUUUGCAUCGGACCAGGUGGCAUCCCGUUUAUCCUGGUCGGUGAAUUUUUCCAACAAUCACAACGUCCAUCUGCAUUUAUGAUUGCUGGGGUCGUCAACUGGAUCAGCAACUUUGCUGUUGGGCUUCUGUUUCCAUUAAUUCAGGAGGGCUUAGGCAACUACUGCUUCCUGGUCUUCGCUGUGAUCUGCAUGAGUGGUGCAUUCUACCUUUAUUUUGUUUUGCCUGAAACAAAAAACAAGACAUUUGUGGAAAUUGAUCAAUCAUUUGCUAAAAUUAAUAAAACCGCUUCAGCAAUCAACGAGACAGAAAAUUGCUCAGUUAAAGAGAAUCACAAUGUUUCUCCCAUAGCCAAAAACAAAGAUAAUAACAUGGAGAUGAAAAACCACACACAAGCAUAGUUUUUUGUAUGAAGCCCCGAAAACUCAGCCAGACCCCCACAAAUUGGAGAAAACAAAGCAAAAUGCUCUGAAUUUUCAUCUCGUGGACCCACAUUCAAUCACACUCAUUCUAGUUCAUUCUCUCUCACGCUAUCUAAAUGUUU